UGUAAUACCAAGGAUAUCAAACACUUCAGUAAGAUCACGAGUUUUAUAGCAUUCCAAGUUCUUUUGCUUUUUAACUUCUGGAAAAAAACGACAGCAACAACCAUGUCUAGAAUGCUCACCAGGGACCUACCGGACAUAGAGAGCAUCCUGGCUUUGAACCCUAGGGUGAUGCACCAUGCUAAGAUCUAUUCCACAGCCUCAAAGCAAAACGAGAAGAAGCACUGGAAGCGGAACCCGGAGAAAAGCUGUGAUAGCUGCGUGAAACUGGAGAACAAUUUCGAUGACAUCAAACACACAACUCUGAGUGAGCGCGGAGCACUUCGGGAAGCAAUGAGGUGCCUGAAAUGUGCAGAUGCUCCUUGUCAGAAAAGUUGUCCGACCAACCUGGACAUAAAGUCUUUCAUCACCAGCAUUGCAAACAAGAACUACUAUGGAUCAGCAAAGGCCAUCCUGUCGGACAACCCCCUGGGCCUGACUUGCGGCAUGGUUUGUCCCACCUCCGACCUCUGCGUGGGAGGCUGCAAUCUGUUUGCCUCAGAGGAGGGGCCCAUUAACAUUGGAGGACUGCAGCAGUUUGCGACCGAGAUUUUUAGCAAGAUGGGGAUUCCUCAGGCGAGAAAUCCGGAGCUCCCGCCAGCCGAGGAGAUGCCCGAGAGCUUCCACACGAAGAUAGCCCUGAUAGGGUGCGGGCCAGCUAGCGUCAGCUGCGCCUCCUUCCUGGCUCGCCUGGGCUACGACAACCUCACCAUCUUUGAGAAGCAGAAGUACAUUGGCGGAUUGAGCACGGCUGAGAUCCCCCAGUUCCGGCUGCCGUACGAGGUGGUGCAGUUUGAGAUCGACCUGAUGAAGGACCUGGGCGUGCAGAUCGUGUGUGAGAAAGGGCUUGGCCUGGAUGGGAUGACUCUAACUUCUCUGAAGGAGGAAGGAUACGAAGCAGCCUUCAUCGGAAUCGGUCUGCCCCAGGCUAACAAGCACAAAAUCUUUGAAGGGCUGUCAAUGGAGCAGGGCUUUUUUACUUCCAAGGACUUUCUGCCAUUGGUUGCCAAGGCCAGUAAAUCAGGGAUGUGUAGCUGCCGUUCACAGCUGCCAGACUUGAGCGGCGUGGUGGUAGUGCUGGGAGCGGGCGACACCGCCUUCGACUGCGCCACCUCUGCCCUGCGCAGUGGGGCCCGCAGGGUGUUCGUGGUGUUCAGGAAGGGCUUCACCAACAUCCGCGCCGUCCCAGAAGAGAUGGAGCUUGCAAAGGAGGAGAAGUGCGAGUUCCUGCCCUUCCUGUCUCCUCGCAAGGUCAUGGUGAAGAACGGACGGGUGUCCGGCAUGGAGUUCUGCCGAACCGAACAGACCGAGACUGGACAGUGGAUCGAGGAUGAGGAACAGACCAUGCGCCUGAAAGCCGAUUACAUCAUCAGCGCAUUCGGCUCCAUGUUGAGUGACCCCAAAGUGAAAGAAGCCAUGGCUCCCGUCAAGCUGAACCGAUGGGGUCUCCCCGACCUGAACCCCGAGACCAUGCAGACCAGCGAGCCGUGGGUGUUCGCGGGCGGGGACAUCGCCGGCCUGGCCAACACCACGGUGGAGUCGGUAAACGACGGGAAGCAGGCUUCCUGGCACAUCCACAGAUACAUCCAGGCCAAACACGGGCAGACUGUGGACCGUGUGCCCAGACUUCCUCUCUUUUACACGCCCAUCGAUACGGUGGACAUCAGCGUGGAGAUGGCCGGGCUGAAGUUCCCCAACCCCUUCGGCCUGGCGAGUGCUCCCCCCACCACCAGCACGGCCAUGAUCCGCAGGGCCUUCGUGGAGGGAUGGGGCUUCGCUCUCACCAAGACCUUCUCUCUGGACAAGGAUUUGGUCACCAAUGUUUCUCCCAGAAUUGUGCGUGGAACAACAUCAAGCUACAACUACGGCCCUGGUCAAGGGUCCUUCCUCAAUAUCGAGCUCAUUAGUGAGAAGACUGCAGCUUACUGGUGCCAGAGUGUGACUGAACUCAAAGCUGAUUUCCCCCACAAUAUUCUCAUCGCCAGCAUAAUGUGCAGUUAUAACAAGGCGGACUGGACCGAACUUGCCAAAAUGGCAGAGGCCUCCAAAGCGGAUGCCUUGGAGCUAAAUUUGUCCUGUCCCCACGGAAUGGGGGAAAGGGGUAUGGGGCUCGCCUGUGGGCAGGAUCCAGAGUUGGUGCGGAACAUCUGUCGCUGGGUCCGACAAGCUGUCACCAUCCCCUUCUUCGCCAAGCUGACCCCCAACGUCACCAACAUCGUGGACAUCGCCAGGGCGGCGCACGAAGGUGGCGCAGAUGGCGUUACAGCAACCAACACCGUCUCGGGGCUGAUGGGACUGAGCGCAGACGGUACUCCCUGGCCCCGCAUUGGCCAAGCCAAGCGGACCACAUAUGGCGGCGUAUCUGGAAAUGCCAUCCGCCCCAUCGCCCUGCGUGCGGUAUCCGCCAUCGGCAGGGCCCUCCCUGGCUUCCCGAUUCUGGCCACGGGGGGUAUCGACUCGGCCGAGUCGGGCCUGCAGUUCCUCCAUGCUGGAGCCUCCGUCCUGCAGGUGUGUAGUGCUGUUCAGAAUCAGGACUUCACCGUGAUUGAGGAUUACUGUCUGGGACUGAAGGCACUGCUGUACUUGAAGAGCAUUGAGGAGCUCCAUGACUGGGAUGGACAGUCCCCCCCUACCAUGCGCCAUCAGAAGGGCAAACCCGUCCCCAGACUGGAGGAGCUUGUCGGGAAGAGUUUGCCCAGUUUUGGUCCUUACCUGGAGGAGAAGAAGAACGCCCUGGCGGACUAUAAACGGAAGCUGAUGGACAUCGACGACAACAUUGUGAUUCCCAAUGGCAACGUGAAGAACACCCCAAAGAAACCUGUCCCAGCUGUGAAGGAUGUGAUUGCGAGAGCUCUGAAAUACAUUGGUGCCUAUGUGGAUCUGAGCAACACGGAACAAGUCCAGGCAGUGGUGGAUGAGGAGAUGUGCAUCAACUGUGGGAAGUGCUACAUGACCUGCAAUGAUUCAGGAUACCAGGCCAUUACAUUUGACCCCGAGACCCAUCUUCCUGUAGUUACUGACAGCUGCACCGGUUGCACUCUGUGUCUGAGCGUGUGCCCCAUCAUCGACUGCAUCAAAAUGGUUGCCAGGACAACGCCUUACGUGCCGAAGAGAGGCCUCCCGCCUCAAGCUGUUGAGCCCGUUUGCUAAAGGAAGCAGGAAAAAACGGGCCGAGCGUCGACUUUACCGCAUUGAUUCCGCUCAUAAUUGCGGUGUGAAAAAUUACCUUUAUUAUAAAAACGAAUAAUUAGUUUGUAGAAAUAAUUGCCUGAUAUAACCAAGCCAAUUAUCCAGAAAUAAUUGUGCAAGCACAAAUAGUUGCCUUAUUUCUAAACAAUAGCAGCAAGGCUUUUUUUUCCUGUUGUUUUUCCUGUGAUAAUAGGACUGAAGGCGAGGUUUGCAAUAAUGGAUGUUUAUGUUGUGUGCAGCCUCCACCACAGAUUGGUACUAUGUUUCUUACAAGCAGGAUGAUGGUAGUCCCUCCACAAGUUUACAGCUAUAAAAUUAGCCAGUUUUGGUGACAAUGCAAGCACAAACGCACAUGGGCUCGAGUGGAAUUGUUAGCGUAAUUUUGCGCGACUGAAUAUACUUUACCUAUGCCAGGUUUGGUAGUUUACUGAUAUGGAUUAAUUGUUGUCAGCCUCUGCAUUGUGUACACUCUCCUCUUUGUUUAUUUGCUUUUAGCCAAACCAGGCUGUAACACAGAAUUUGGUCACAGUAGUAGUCUAUAAGUAUUAAGCAAUUAUGUGUUUGUGCACUAUUUAACAUUUGAUUCUAAUUCCCUACUUAAUAAUUUAUCGUUCCAUGUUCCAAUUUAUCUGUUUAAUGAAUUGCUAUCACAUCCUAUGCAAAUUUGAAUGAAAUAUGAAAUUAAAUUUGAGAUAGAUAGUUUCAAUAGAUAGAUUUACACUCAUUGACCAGUUUAUUAGGUAGACUUACACACCAGCUUGUUAUUGCGAAUAUUUAAUCAGCCAAUCAUGUGGCAUUGACUAAAUGCAUAAAAGCAUGCAGAUGUGGUUAAAAUGUUCCAGUGUUUUUCAGACCAAAUGUCAGAAUGAGGACAAAAUGGGAUCAAAGUGACUUUAACCAUAGAAUGAUAUGGUAUGCAGAAGAGCAUCUCUGAACACACAGUGCGUCAUAGCUACAGCAGCAGAAGACUUCAUAAGUCUAAUAUAUAGCUAAUAAACUGAGUUUAGCUAGAAUAAAUAAAUGUAUACAUUUAUAAAUUAAUAAAUAAAUAAUGGUUCAGUUAGGCCUGGUUUAUAAAACGUUUGUUAUAUAAAACAAAAAUGACAGAUGAGCAGAAGACGGAAGAUGAACACUAUGUUCCAACGCUUAUUCAUGGUUUCCCAACUGUUUCCCAACUGUUGCGGUAGCCAUAUUGAUAACCAAAUGAUGACUGCUUAUUGGGGUUCACAGCAGCCGAUAGCAUGCUCACAUUACUUCUACUAAUUAUAAAUGUCAAUAGUAACUAAUCUUUAAAAUAGUAAUAGUAAUAAUCAUUAAAAUAGACAAUCUUUUUUGCUGUGUAAAUUGCAGAUUGUGUUAACAUGACCGUUGAAUGCGUUAACGUUGCCAUUGAAAAGUUAUGGUCACAGAUUUCUGAGAUUAUUCAUCUCUGAUGACUGUGCCUCUCCAAACACACCUCAGGAGAUCCCAUCCCGACCAUUUUGUGACGGUUCACUGCAGAUCUGCAGAUGUAUUCACUUGCCUGUUAAACUUAAAGGUACAAUAUGUAAGAUUUUUGUGUUAAAACAUUGUUACAAGACCAUUGUAAAUCCCUUCCUAUCGUUGAAAAAGGCUCACUGGCAUGUUGACUCACCCUCUGCCUGUGUUUAUAUUCCCUAAAUUUGGGUUUCAAAAUAUGCAGUUGACGGGCCAACACACUGUACCAAGAAAUCAUACAUCCAUACAAUAAUUAAUGCUCAUUGGUUGAAAAUUGGUCAAUGGUGUUUCAAUGUCAGCACAUUCCCAGAGAAGGAGUGGGAUAAACAGUGUUGUGGUUUUAGUGUGUUUGUUGCUGCAGUUCCUCUCUUGGCUGUUAGAAGUCCGAAAUUACCUAUUGUACCUUUAACAUUGUUCAACAGGCAUGGACACAAAUAAGCUACUUACAUGUUUUAAAAGGCAUGUGUGUAAGACGGGGUGGUAUUUUAAACUUUGUAUUAAUUCCAUGUGGAACUAAAUUGUUAUAUUGUAUGUCAUUAUUUAUCUAAUUCCUGCACUGGUACUUUAAAUGAAGUAUUUCUGAGAAUCCUGAUUGUUAGACAAUUAAUCUUCAGAAAUAAUCGUCCUAAUUUGAAUUAGAUGCAGUCACUUGAUCUUGAAAUUUGAAGUUCAUUUUAAAUCAAGUGCAGUGAAAGCAAAUGAAGCAGCUGUUUGUCAAUGUUCUAAAUAAAUAAUUAAUAACAUG